CAUACAUAUAUACAUAUGUAAAACAAUGUUUAAAUAUAAUUAUGUAUUAUAAAAUAUAGGUAUCCCAAAAGUUAUGUUCACCUCAUUGUAUACGUAUACAUAUGUAUGUAUGUAUGUAAUAAUAACUGUAAAGCAAUGACUAUGACCGGAAUUGAAAUUAUUGUUGCUACGUGACUUCAGUACCUUCGUGACAUAACCUAAAAAACAAUUACAAGAACCAAUGAAUAAUUCGAGAAUAAAUAUUAGCUUCAUUAGCUGAAAUGUCAAACAAAAUGUAUUAUGAAUAAAAUGUUUUAGGAUUUAUUAUUAUCAUUAUAGGUAACAAUUAAAAAUUAUUAUCAUUGUUAUAAUGAUAAAAUAAGAGAAUAUUAAUAAUGAGAAAAUUAAAUAGUGAAUUAUUAUCAAAAUUCACAUACAUUGCAAUAGUUGUUGCAGCGUAUUGGGUAAUCUCUAUACUAACAGUUUUUAUAAAUAAAGGGAAAUCCAUAUUGCAAAGACUCUUUUAAGAAGGUAUUACCUUUAUCCCUUCUAUUCACUGGGAUGAUUGCAACUAACAAUUUAUGUUUGAAAUAUGUUGGUGUUGCAUUUUAUUAUAUAGGACGUUCAUUAACAACUGUAUUUAAUGUCAUUUUCACCUACUUUAUACUUGGUGAAAAAACUCCUAGAAAUUGCAUAGUAUGUUGUGGAUUUAUUGUUCUUGGUUUCUGGCUGGGUGUAGACCAAGAGAAUAUUGCAGGUUCUUUAUCUAUUUUAGGAACAAUCUUUGGUGUGCUUGGAUCAUUAACACUUUCUUUAUACUCUAUUCAUAUGAAACAAGUGCUUCCUAAAUUAAACCAAGAAAUUUGGUUACUUUCUUAUUAUAAUAACGCGUACAGCAUUAUUAUAUUCCUUCCAUUAAUGGUAGCUAAUGGAGAACACAUUGCAGUGUAUAAUUAUGAUAAACUUGGAUCUCUAACUUUUUGGUCUGCUAUGAUUGUUGGUGGCAUUUGUGGUUUUGCUAAUGGUUAUGUUUCUGCACUUCAAAUAAAAGUGACAUCUCCUUUAACACACAACAUUAGCGGAACUGCUAAAGCUUGUACACAAACAGUAUUGGCAACUUAUUGGUUCAAUGAAGCAAAGUCAUUCAUGUGGUGGAUAAGUAAUAUGAUUUUGCUUGGUGCUAGUGCAAUGUAUGCUAGAUUAAGACAACUUGAUUUAAGUAAAGAGUAUAAAGAGCAAAAAGGGCAGUUAUUAGUUAAUAAGAUAUGAUUGAAGUAAUGUCAAAAUAAGUUGGAUAAUUCAUUACAUAUGCCAAAUCAAAAGUACGUAUUUUGCGUAUAUAUGUACAUAUCUAUAAUAACCUUGAUAGCAUUUAUAAUAUUUUACUUUUUAUUGUUUAAAAAUUAAUGUGAAAAUAAGUCUUAAUUCAGAAUAAAAUGUUUUUAUAAAAUAAAAUGUUAAAAAAAUAUACAUUUUUAAUAUCUUGAUGAAAGACCACCUCCCCUACUAUCCGAAUGACUGGACAUUGAAUCUUUUCGCUUUAUGAUCGCAUUCACACUUUUCAACAUUAAAUCUGUAUCCACAUGGAGUGCUGGUACCAUUAAGUUCAAUCGAUUUCGUAGUAGAGUAUUCACAGUAUGUUUCUGGUCACUUUCUACAGCAAGUCCAUCCGAUAAGAAAUAAUACCUUAAAAUAAUAAAAAGUUGAAUUCAA